AAACCCUUCUUGUUCCUCUUUUGCCUCUCACGAAUGCAAUUCGAGAGCUUCUUCGACAUUUUUUUUUCCUUCACCGCCAUUGAUAAACAAACUGAGAUCUCUGUUUAUAUUUUGAAACUGUUAGUAACAAAGCAAUGGAUCAAGAUAUUGAUCGUGUGAAGGGACCUUGGGGACCCGAGGAGGAUGAGUCAUUGCGUAAGCUGGUUCAGCUCCAUGGUCCGAGAAACUGGUCGUUGAUAUCGAGGUCAAUCCCCGGCCGAUCGGGGAAAUCAUGCAGGCUGCGGUGGUGCAACCAGUUGUCUCCUGAAGUCGCGCACCGUCCUUUCACGGCGGAGGAAGAUGAUCUCAUCAUCAAAGCCCACGCUAAGUUCGGCAACAAGUGGGCCACCAUAGCGAGACUCCUUAACGGUCGUACGGACAACGCGGUUAAGAACCAUUGGAACUCGACGUUGAAACGAAGACGAUCGGCUGAAGAUGGCGAUUCGGUUCAGGAAUCGGAGAGACGGUCCAGCAAGUUUCCGAGAUCCGGAAGUAUCAGCAACCCGGGAAGUCCUUCCGGCUCCGACGUCAGCGAUUUGGGAUUGAGCGUAGCCGAAUCGACGCCGCACUCUCGCGUUUCGACCGCGCUUACGCUCGGACGUUCUUGGAGCGACGAGUUGGUCGAGUUGAACAACGAUAACUCGUGUACGGAUAAAGAGUCGGGCUCAGUAGCGGAAAAGCACGAUAACGGGACGAAAACGGCGUCGUUGGGUACGGAACUAUUGGCCGCAAUGCAGGAGAUGAUUAGGAAAGAAGUGAGAAAUUGCAUGGCGGAGUUUGGUUUUCAUAACCAAUGCUGGGGUUAACGAGUGAUUAAUUUUAAAUUAGGAAAACCAUUAAAACAUCAAAUUAAAGAAAAAACAACUACAGAAUCAAACCCAAAUUCCUUGGUAUUCAACAGUACAAUAAUUUUUGAGGGAAUGUACAGUCACAGACGAUAAACAAACAAAAAAAGGGGAUUUAAAUCAGUUUUGUCGUAUUAAUUAUACAAAAUUUUGUUGAUUAAAAACUUGGGUUUUAUUUUAAUUUUCUCUGUUUGUUUUUGGUUUGUUUUUAGUGUAAUUCUAUAUUUUGACAGCUAAUAUAUAUGUUUUCUUUGGUAAUUAUUGGAUAUAGGACAG